CGAGAGCGCUAGGGCAGCAGUAGCAGGUUAGCAGAGACGGCGGCAGAGAAACAGACUAAUGACCCAGCAUGAGGAGCCAGCUCUUGCACUAAAAUGGAAAAGUAUGAAAAGGUGAAAAAGAUUGGGGAAGGUUCGUUUGGAAAGGCGAUCCUCGUGAAAUCCAAAGAGGAUGGACACCAAUAUGUCAUCAAAGAGAUUGGCAUAUCUGCAAUGUCCAGUAAAGAGAGGCAGGAAUCUCGUAAAGAGGUGGCUGUCCUCGCCAACAUGAGCCAUCCCAACAUCGUGCAGUACAAGGAGUCUUUUGAAGAGGGCGGCUGCCUGUAUAUCGUGAUGGAUUACUGUGAGGGGGGGGACCUCUUCAAGAAGAUCAACUCUCAGAAAGGAGUUCGGUUCUCAGAGGAGCAAAUCCUGGACUGGUUCGUGCAGAUUUGCCUGGCACUGAAGCACGUGCACGACAGAAAGAUCCUCCACAGGGACAUCAAAUCACAGAACAUAUUCCUGACUAAAGACGGGACCGUACAGCUCGGAGACUUUGGGAUUGCACGGGUGCUGAACAGCACUGUGGAGCUGGCGAGGACAUGUAUAGGCACGCCGUAUUACCUGUCACCUGAGAUCUGCGAGAACAAACCGUACAACAACAAGAGUGAUAUUUGGGCCCUUGGGUGUGUCCUGUAUGAAAUGUGCACCCUAAAGCAUGCAUUUGAAGCGGGCAACAUGAAGAACCUGGUGCUGAAGAUCAUCCGGGGCUCCUACCCCCCCGUCUCCGUGCAUUACUCCCAGGACCUGCGCUCGCUGCUGGGCCUGCUGUUCAGACGCAGCCCCCGAGAGAGACCCUCCGUCAGCUGCGUCCUGGAGAGACCCUUCCUCUGCUGCAGGAUCCAGAGGCUGCUCUCUCCACAGAUCAUCGCUCAGGAAUUUCGCCAUCAUUUUCUUCACAAGCAGCCUAAAGUGGAUGUGGGGGUGCCGGGACCACCAGCCAAGCGUCCGACCCCCGGCCCCCUCCCGAUCGCCCCCUCCCAGAAGAUCACGAAGCCAGCCUGUAAAUACGGAGUGCCUUUAAGGAAGGAUGCCGCCAAGAGACCGGCUGACAGGAAACCGGCUGUGAGACACACACCGGCCCCUCACCCUGCAGCCCCACACAGAAGAGUGAGUCAAGUGGAGGAAGAGAGGAAGAAACAUGAGGACGGCAUGAGGAAGAGGAGGAUGGAGCUGAUCGAGAAGGAGAGGAAACAGAGGGAGCAGAUGUUCCUGUUCAAAGCAGAGCAGAUGAAGAGAUAUGAGAAGGAAAAGAUCAGUCGGAUAAACCAGGCCAGAGAACAGGGCUGGAGACACGUGCUGAGCUCCAGUGGAGGCAGCAGCCCCGAGAGGAAGUGUUUUGCAGGGGGGGGGCAGCGGGCCGUCCCGGGCUCAGCUCAGGGUCCGGCUCCAGCUUACGCUCCCAGUAAGACUCCCUAUGAACACUACCACGCCGCUCUGGACCAGAUGUCCAAACCCCAGCAGCGGGGAGUCGGCCAAGAUGGAGCAUCACCAGCCCCAGGCAACCCGGCACGGGUCCCGGCUGCUGCAGGCCCGGUCCUGAACCCGGACGCCAUCAAGAGGGAGCUGCAGCGGCUGCAGCAAGGCUCCAAAGCUGCUCACGUCAGCAGGCCCCGGGGUCACAUGGCUACGGGACGGGCCUAUCAGGUGGAGGAGUUUCUGCAGAGGAAGAGAGAAGCCAUGCUCAACAAGGUCCGUGCGGAGGGACAGCUGGAGUAUCUGUCCAGACUGAGGCAGAUCCGCCUGCAGAACUUCAACGAGCGUCAGCAGAUCAAAGCCCGGCUCCGAGGAGAGAAGUACGACAGCGACGGGUCCGACAGCCAGGAGUCAAGCGAGGAGGCCGAGCUCCGGAGGAAGAAGAUCGAAGCGCUGAAGGCUCAAGCUAACACCCGAGCUGCUGUACUGAGAGAGCAGCUGGAGAAGAAGAGGAUGGAAGCGCUGGAGAGGGAGAAGAGAGCCUGGGAGGAGCACCUUGCAGCUCGGGGGGUGAAGGCUGGCGCCGCGGGAAACGUAGCAUCGGCGACGGCUGCUUCCUCUGACGCUGCGCAGCCCUCUCAGCCAGACGCUGCUGCUACAGCUAUCUCCAUGACGGCCGCCCUGAAGAACGUCGGAGCAGUUACUCCACUGAAAGAGAAGCCAGCUCAGCCGGAGACUGCUGCGGUCAUCCAGAGUGAGAAGAAGCAGAUCCUGCGCCGACUCAACCAGAACCUGAAGGCCCAGAGUCCGGUGGACGAGGUGGAGGAGUUGGUCCCCCCCCCUGCAGAACCAGGCCCUGCCGCCCCCCCACAGAACCAGCCCGACGCUGCUAACGGAGAGCGCAGGAAGUGGGAAGCUGCAGAACUGCCGGAACUUCCUGUGGCUCAGCUGAGCUUGGGGGAAACCUGCUCCACAGCCAGCACCUGUGCCAAGCGUCCGUCCUCUGUGUCUCCUGCAGAGCGUCCGUCCUCCGGGGCCGACAGGAAGAAGUGGGAGGCUGGAGUCCCUCUGGUUCUGUCUGAGGCCCAGAACACUCUGGAGGAGAGCUGCAUCAGAACCAUCGAGCAAACGGUGGGUGAGGUGAUUCAGAUCUGUGGGCUGCAGGAGGACGGGGUGAGGAAGGUGUGGAGGGCCACUCCGGACUCCCAGGUCCUGAGGGUCCUUCAGGAGCUGCAGCCCCUCACCCAGCAGCUGGGGGACAGCUCCCUCUGUGAGGAGACGUCCAGCAGCCCUGAGAAGCCUCACCUGUCAGUGGAGAUCGUGAGGACGCCUAAAGAGGAGGUGUUGUCUCUAAAGGAGGAAGUGUUUGCCGUUGAGACAGCGCCUCCUGCUGGGGUUCAGGGUGCAGCCCCCACAGAGCCCUCCCACAGAGAACAGCCUGCAGCAGACCGACAGACAAUGCCACCAAGCCUCUCUGAGAUCCAGGAUCCAGCAUACAUAGAGUCGAUGGUUUUGGAGGAGACGCCUACACCCUCCCCUGCUCCCCGGGCUGAUGUGCAGCAGGCCUGGCAGCAGGAAGCCCAGCAGCCGCCCCUGCCACCAGAGGGCGUGAUGAGACCAGCAGGGGAGGCAGAGAGGAGGUCAGAGAAACCAGCAGAGUCUCCAGCUUCAGCAGUAGUGGAGGAGCCCCUGUUUGUGAAGCUGGUCUCCCCGGCCCACCGCCGCACCGCCGCCCUGCUGUCGGCUCAGUCCUCCUUCGAUGAGUCGUCCUCCUCCCGCUCCCGCUCCGUCUCUCCUCUGCGAUCCAAGCAGCACCAGGCCCUCCUGAUCGGCCUCUCCACCGGCAUGUUCGAUGCCAACAACCCCAAGAUGCUGAGGACCUGUUCCCUCCCGGACCUGAGCCGGGUCUUCAGUCCUCAGCAGGACUCUGCAGGAGCUAACAAUGCUAACGAUGCUAACGCCGCUCCGGAUAAUCGUCUGGAGAUCGAAGACCUGGAGGAGGCGGCGAAGGAUGAGGAGCAGUCAGAGAUGGAGGACGCGUAUGAGGAUGAAGACCUGCGGGACAUCCGGGCCUCGAUGGAGCGCCUCCUGCAGGAGGAGGAGGAGGGGGGGUCUGGAGACUUCAACGGCAACCCUCCAGGGGGAGAGGAGCUGUUCAACAGGAUAUCAGCCGAGAUUCAGCAGGACAGCAGGAUGGCUGUGGAUGAUGAUGAGGAAGAGGAGGAGGAAGAGGAAGAGGAGGAUGAUGUCUCUAACGGGAGUCCUGAAGAAGCAGGGGAGCCGCUCACUAACGGGGCGGAAGAGAACCUGAGUAACAGCGAGCUAAACGAGGAGUGGCAAUCAGACGGCAGUGGGGAGGAGGGGGGGGGCGAGGCAUCUCACAGCGACAGCAUCUUCAGUCGUCUGGAGGAGCUGCGCUUCAGGCUGGAGCAGCAGAUGGGCUUCGAGAAGUUCAUCGAGGCCUACAACAAGAUCAAGGCGAUCCAUGAGGACGAGGAUGAGAACAUGGCUCUGGGCUCCAGCCUGGUGUUCAGCACUCUGGGGACGGAGCACCAGCACCUCUACCCCAACAUCCUGCACCUGGUGAUGGCCGACGGAGCCUACCAGGAAGACAAUGAUGAGUGAUGUUAGCUGCAGCGGCGCCGCCGGCAGCUACGACAAUCUGCCGGCUUUCUGAAGUCUUCCCAUGAUGCACCUCUGUCAGGAGGACCUAUGCAUGCUGUGUCGCAGCCGCACAUCGGACAGUGUUUCAGGCACACUUGCAUGAUGAGAAACUCCGGGCUGCACCCCGACACCAGACACAACUUUCUAACCAGUGUUCAAGAAGUGCUUUAGCAGAAACUUGUGGCCGAUUACCAAAGUCUAAACUCUUCCGCUGUGUUCCUCUUCUGAAGAUCUCUCAGGUCGCUUUUUUAAUUUCCACUCAUCGUCUCAGAACCAGUUCAACCUCCUUUUCUUACUCUUUUCACAAAACAAAAACUCAAUAAUUCCUGAAAAUGUUUUCCACAUUUCUUACUGUUUUACUGUGUGAUGGGGGGGGGGGGGCAGUUAUUAACUUUAUGAUUAUUACUUAACUAUUGUUCAUCUUUAUACUAAAUAAAGACUUUUUUUAAGAACUGGAGGAGUUUUUUUCCCACCGCACUUCCUCUUCUAUUAUUACCAAUGUCUGGAGGCUUAAUGCACUGAAUAAAUAAAAUCUAUC